CGGCAGACAAGGAGAAGAAACCGUACCGAAGCUCAAGAAUUGGCUGAAUAGGGUUGAGGACUUCAUCGAAGUGGCGGAGAAAUUACUUGAGUUUGGUGAACAAAAUGCCAACAAAAAUGCCAACAACGAGUGUUUCUGUAGGCUGUGUCCCAAUCCCUUGUCUCGAUACAAACUCAGCAAGAAAGCACAGCUGAAUUCCAAAUAUAUUGAUGAACUUGUGAAAGAAGCUGGUAGAUUCAACCUCCCAAAUUGCUAUGCUCCUCCUUCACUACACAAUGUGGCUGCACCUGUAGAAGGUUUUGAGGAGUUCCGCUCAUGAAUGGUUGUUUUGGACCAGAUCAUGGAGGCAUUAAAAAGUCCAAUUGUCAACAUGAUCGGAGUGCAUGGGACUUCUGGUGUGGGGAAAACAAUGCUGGUCAAAGAGGUUAAAAGAAAGGCCAAGCAGGACAGCUUGUUGUUUCCUACAGUAGUUACGACUAAAGUGACAAAGAACCGGGAGUUGAAAAAAAUUCAAGAAGACAUUGCUUGCGGCUUGGGCAUGGAUCAAAUUUCUUUUACAGAGCUUACAGAUCAACAAGUUGCAGAUCGAAUAAGGGCAAGACUACUGAAAGAAAAGAAAUUUCUCAUAAUUUUGGAUGAUGUUUGGGAGACCGAAAUAGCUUUGGAGGAAAUUGGAAUCCCUUCUGCGAGUGGGCUGCGGCAGCCAAUUGAUAGAAAGAAUGAAAUAAGCUCUUCCAGUGAAGAACAUCCUGUGACCUGCAAGAUUUUACUAAUCUCUGAAGAACGGGAUGUUCUCCUGAGAAGAAUGGAUUCAGAAUAUCAUCAGGUUUUUGAAGUAUGUAAAUUAGAACCUGAUGAAUCUUGGGAGUUAUUUAAGAAGACAAUUGGUGAUGAUGUUGAAACUCCUGAUUUGCAGCAUUUAGCAGAAGAGAUAGUUGAGAAAUGUCUUGGAUUGCCCGCUGCGAUUGUAUCGGUUGCAAAUGCCAUGAGAGGUAAGACUCAACUGUAUGAGUGGAAGGAUGCUCUGCUAAGUCUGAAGAAUCCUUCUCCCGAUGGUAUAUCUGCAGCAAUUUAUAAGGCUAUAGAGUUGUUAAAAAAAAAAAAAAUAUAAGGCUAUAGAGUUGUAAAAAAAAAAAGAAGCUAUAGAGUUGUACGCAAACGGAUCAUGAUGCAUUUGUUAUUGUUUACACCCAUUUUUGCAUUGC